CGGCCAGGCCUUCGCUGAUUGGCGGAGAGCGGUGGCUGUGGCCGGAGAGAGGGGGCGUUGUUUGCGGAAGUAAAGGAAGUGGAAGUGCUGAGUAAGCCGAGAUGACCUGGAAGCUGGUGACAGGGCGCAUGUGGCCCAUGUGACCGUGUGACUGGGACAGACGGAGGGGAAGGCAGCAGGGCCCCCCCACCGGCCCCGCAGAAGAUGCAGUUCUUUGGCCGCCUGGUCAACACCCUCAGCAGCGUCACCAGCUUGUUCUCUAACCCGUUCCGGGUGAAGGAGGUGUCUCUGGCUGACUACGCCUCGAGCGGCCGGAUCCGGGAGGAAGGGCAGCUGAUUCUGUUCCACAGCGUUCCCGGCCGCACCUGGGACUGCGUCCUGGUCAACCCCAGGCACUUGCAGAGCGCCUUCCGACUCUUCCAGCUGGAGACGGAGGCCGAGGCCCUGGUGACCUUCCAGCAGUAUUCCUCCCUGCUGCCGCCCUUCUACGAGAGCUCGGCCCACAUCCUGCAGGUGGACGUGCUGCAGCAGCUGAGCGACCUCAUCCGCAGCCACCCCAGCUGGUCCGUGGCCCACCUGGCGGUGGAGCUGGGCAUCCGAGAGUGCUUCCAUCACAGCCGCAUCAUCAGCUGCGCCAACAGCACGGAGAGCAAGGAGGGCUGCACGCCGCUGCACCUGGCCUGCCGUAAGGGCAAUGCGGAGAUCCUGCAGGAGCUGGUGCAGUACUGCCACGCCCAGGUGGACGUCACUGACCACAACGGGGAGACCGCCUUCCACUACGCCGUGCAGGGCAACAGCUCCCAGGUGCUGCAGCUCCUGGGGAAGAGUGCGUCGGCCGGCCUGAACCAGGUGAACAAACAGGGGCUCACCCCGCUGCACCUGGCCUGCCAGAUGGGCAAGCCGGAGAUGGUCCACGUGCUGCUGCUGUGCAACGCGCGCUGCAACGUCAUGGGGCCCCGCGGCUACCCCAUCCACACGGCCAUGAAGUUCUCCCAGAAGGGGUGUGCCGAGAUGAUCAUCAGCAUGGACAGCAGCCAGGUCCACAGCAAAGACCCCCGCUAUGGAGCCAGCCCCCUCCACUGGGCCAAGAAAGCAGAGAUGGCCCGCAUGCUGCUGACACGAGGCUCCGACGUGAACAACACCAGCUCCGUGGGCAACACGCCUCUGCACGUGGCAGUGACGCGCAACCGCUUCGACUGCGCCAUGGUGCUGCUGACCUACGGGGCCGACGCCAACGCCCGCGGGGAGCACGGCAACACGCCGCUGCACCUGGCCAUGUCGAGAGGCAACGUGGAGAUGAUCAAGGCCCUCAUUGUGUUUGGGGCAGAGGUGGACACCCCAAACGACUGUGGGGAGACCCCUACCAACAUAGCCUCCAAGAUCGGCAAAGCUGGCACCAGGAAGACAGUCUUAACUCUGCUGAGAAUCAUAGGGGCCGGCCACCGCUUCCCAGGGGCCCCCUCGGAGCUGGGCUCCUCAGCAGCACAGCAUUCCUUCUGCGGGGAAAGAUCUCAGCCCCCACCGAUCAGCUUAAACAACCUAGAGCUGCAGGACCUGGUGCACAUCUCCCGGGCCCGGAAGCCCACCUUCAUCCUGAACUCCAUGCGGGACGAGAAGCGGACCCACGACAACCUGCUGUGCCUGGACGGAGGGGGCGUGAAAGGCCUGGUCAUCAUCCAGCUCCUCAUCGCCAUCGAGAAGGCCUCGGGCGUCGCCACCAAGGACCUCUUUGACUGGGUGGCCGGGACCAGCACCGGAGGCAUCCUGGCCCUGGCCAUUCUGCACAGCAAGUCCAUGGUCUACAUGCGUGGCGUGUACUUGCGCAUGAAGGACGAGGUGUUCCGGGGCUCCCGGCCCUACGAGUCGGGGCCCCUGGAGGAGUUCCUGAAGCGGGAGUUCGGCGAGCACACCAAGAUGACGGACAUCAGGAAGCCCAAGGUGAUGCUGACGGGGACGCUGUCGGACCGGCAGCCGGCCGAGCUCCACCUCUUCCGCAACUACGAGGCCCCGGAGUGCGUGCGGGAGCCUCGCUGCGGCCAGAACGUCAACCUCAAGCCUCCGACUCAGCCCUCAGAGCAGCUGGUGUGGCGGGCAGCCCGGAGCAGCGGGGCAGCCCCCACCUACUUCCGGCCGAGCGGGCGCUACCUGGAUGGCGGGCUGCUGGCCAACAACCCCACGCUGGACGCCAUGACCGAGAUCCAUGAGUACAACCAGGACAUGAUCCGCAAGGGCCAGGGCAACAAGGUGAAGAAGCUCUCCAUCGUCGUCUCCCUGGGGACAGGGAAGGCCCCGCAGGUGCCCGUGACCUGUGUGGACGUCUUCCGUCCCAGCAACCCCUGGGAACUGGCGAAAACUGUGUUUGGGGCCAAGGAACUCGGCAAAAUGGUGGUGGACUGUUGCACGGAUCCGGACGGGCGGGCCGUGGACCGGGCCCGGGCCUGGUGCGAGAUGGUCGGCAUCCAGUACUUCAGAUUGAACCCCCAGUUGGGGACAGACAUCAUGCUGGAUGAGGUGAGCGACACGGUGCUGGUCAACGCCCUCUGGGAGACCGAGGUGUACAUUCACGAGCACCAGGAGCAGUUCCAGAAGCUCAUCCAGCUGCUGCUGUCCUCCUAGCCCGCCAGCCACCGCUUCCGCCUCCCCUCAGACACUAAGGGCGCCCUCGUUUGCCAGCCCCGGGCCCUCCCGUCCUCCGGCGCAGCCGCCCGUCUGCCUUCUGCCCUCUCCCCUGGGGGUGGGGCUCGAAAAGCUACUGACACUGACCACCCCCCACCCCGUCAGCAGGGGGAGCCCACGCUCAGGAGAGGGGCGCCCCAUUCAACUUUGCACCUCGUACCCUCCCAGCCACCUGCGCCUCAGUGCCCCACCUGUGACUGCCUCGGCUCCCAACGGUCGCUCCCGGACUUGUGAUUCUUCCGGCAGACAGUGAUUUACGAGGGGGCGGGGCGCCCCAAACUGUGAAAUAAACGGUUUGAUUCCGGU